AUGCCGUCUUCUGCCAUUCUCAAAUGCAAUAUCUGUCCAAGAAAGCCUAAUUUCAGCGAUGUGUCUCAUUUGUUAACCCACGUUAGUUCGAAGGGGCAUUUGUCUCAUUACUUCAAAUUGCAAGUACGCAGCCAUCAGGAGCCAGGAGCCGGUGAGUUGCUGGCAGAGUACGACCAGUGGUACAGUGACCAUAACCUUGCUGGGUUGCUCUCCGAACGCAUGCUGGCAAAGGAGGCUAGGAAAGUGAAAGGCCGCAGUGCAGUCACCUACAGCAACAAUCUACCCAACCGCAGAGCAUCGACGUCGAUGAUUCCGCCUUCCGCUCACGGGCCAGCUCGGACUGACCAGCGUCAUAUCCCUAGCUACGUGGACCCUGACUUAUCCCAGUCGUACAGUAUGGCUAAACCUCACUCUUCCGACCCUCGUGUACAGUUAUGGCCCGGGGCCCCAAAACGCAGAUCCCUACCCACGCGAGCUUCGGCACAGAUCGCGUGGAAGGUCGAAUUUCCCGAGUCUGACGAAGGUGAAGAUAUGAGCCCGCUAGCACAUCGAGCAAGGGCGCCAUUGGGUUGGUCCAUGCAAACCGAAAGCCCUACGGGCCAUCGAAAUCGGCGACCAGUAACGCCAGAUCCUUUCCUCGACGAUGCAAGCUACGAGGAGGAUGACGAUGAGAGCGAACAAAGGGAAGAGAUCUCGAAGCUCAAGGGCAUACUCUGGCCCGGUAUGGAUAUUUUUGACUCGGCAACGGAGCAAAUGAGACGAAAGCGUAACCAGAAGAAAGACGGGAGCGUCUUAAAACAGAUGGAGAAAACCUCGGAGACUGUUGAACCAACAGAGCUUGUCUUCUCCCCGGGAGGCACGCUACGAAAGGCGCGUCUUAUCUCAGGAAUGGUCGAUGACAGUAGUCCUCUCAAGGGAGAGACUCCAAUUCCCAAAAAGCGCGUGACUCGGCCCAGAAGACAGCCGUUGUCCCAGGUCAACCCCAAUCGUAUUCUGCGAAGCCACACAAAACUAAGAAAACCCAACGGUCAGGAUCGACCGAUGGGAUUGGAAUGCUAUUCGCGACAAAGCCUUUCAUUUAUGGAGAGCCCACAGCAUGACCGCAGGAACGCGCAUUUUGGGGCAGGCUUUGGCAUGCAGGAUGAAAAUUUCAGGCUGAGUUUUCAAACUUUCGAGCAAAAGUCCUCCCAUGGAUUCGAAGUUUUUAAAGAUGGCAAAGACCACAACAAUGGUGUCGACUUUAGCCUCGGGCCCAAGUCAUUCUAUAACCCUCUGGGUAGUUCCAGCUCUCUCGCCUUGAAUCAUCAAGCCAGGAACCUCAAUGGCCUUAAGCAUUUUUCCGGCAAAUCUAUCCAUAUUCCAGAGUAUAGGGGCAAGGAAAACAUCGAACCCAACCUUACCCAGAGACUUGACGGCCAAUAUAUGGAACCGAAUUGGGAUCCAAUGCAUCUCGCAACUGAUAGUCGGUAUGGCUCACAAUACUUGUAUGGGACAGCUCUCCACAGCUAUACCUCGUUCGGUGAGACCGACAGCUUCGGCUAUCCUUCAAAUCCGCUCAGCUGUUCCCUUGCUCAAAUACAACAAAAUGGAGAUCAAAAGCGCAGUUCAAGCGUUGUGAUGACGGGUCUACUCGAAUCUCCUGUGCAUAACGUCCCGAAAAGCGGUCGUGAGGUUUCGCCAGACGGUACGGUGUCGGAGAUCGACCAAGACGACCUUGGGCAGAUGUACUUCAAUGAGUUUACCGCGUGAUACGAAAAUCAAGCGGACCCGUGCACUUGAACACAUGAGGCUGGGCAUCUCCUGGUAGUUUCAAGGGUGGGGAAAGCACAAGUAGAAAUGGAUGGUAUGGGCAGCAUUUACUCUUCUUAGUACUUCGGUGCAGUUCUUAUUUGCACUUCCCUGGGCCUAUUCCAUAUGAAAUUUAGACACUAGCGAUGCAUCUCGGUUGCGUUAGCGGAGGGCGUUGUGAUGACGCGGGGAGGGAGAAGAUUGAGUAUCCUUGGCUGGCUAAUGCCAUAGCAGAAUUCGAUUAGAUUGUAUGAUAGAUAGUUAUAUUAGAAUCAAUGCCUGUUAACAGGAAGGCUCCUGGUCG